CCUAAUCAUGAUAAUUCUGAACCAAACAUAUGUGACACUGGCCUCAUUUAUUCUUAAUGGUAUCCCAGGACUGGAGCACAUGCACCUCUGGAUUUCCAUCCCAUUCUGCACGAUGUAUGUUGUGGCCAUGGUAGGGAAUUGUGGGCUCCUCUACCUCAUCCGCUAUGAGGACUCCCUGCACAGGUCCAUGUACUACUUUUUGGCUAUGCUUUCCUUAACUGACCUUGUCAUGUGCUCUAGUACAAUCCCUAAAACCCUCUGCAUCUUCUGGUUUCAUCUCAAGGAAAUCAGCUUUGAUGAAUGCCUUGUCCAGAAGUUUUUCAUCCACACCUUCACAGGGAUGGAAUCUGGAGUGCUCAUGCUUAUGGCCCUGGAUCGUUAUGUGGCCAUUUGCUACCCUCUGCGCUAUUCAACUAUUCUCACCAAUUCUGUCAUUACAAAUAUUGGGUUUGCUACUUUCCUGAGAGCAGUGCUGCUCAUCAUUCCCUUGGUUUUCCUCACCAAAAGAUUACCCUUUUGCAGAGGCAAUAUAAUACACCAUACCUACUGUGACCAGCUAUCUGUAGCCAAGUUAUCCUGUGGAAAUAUCAAGGCCAAUAUUAUCUAUGGUUUGAUGGCUGCUUUCCUGAUUGGGGGCUUUGACAUCCUGUGCAUCACCAUCUCUUACACCAUGAUCCUCCGGGCAGUGGUCAGCCUCUCCUCAGCAGAUGCUCAACAGAAGGCCUUCAGUACCCGCACUGCCCACAUCUGUGCCAUUGUUUUCUCCUACAGUCCAGCUUUCUUCUGUUUCUUUUUUAAUCGCUUUGGGAGUCACAAAAUCCCUCCAUCUUGCCACAUCAUUGUAGCCAAUAUUUAUCUGCUCUUGCCUCCCACUAUGAACCCUAUUGUCUAUGGGGUGAAAACCAAGCAAAUACGAGACUGCGUUGUAAGAAUCUUUUCAGUUUCUAAGGAUACCAAAUCUCAGCACAUGAAAGGGAUAUAA